CGGCGGCGGCGGCGGCGGCAACGGCUUCUGGCGCGUACUUGGCAAUCAUUAACGACGGCCCCUUGCCACUGGCACUAGCUGCGGACGCAAAGCCCCUUUGCGAGUCGCAAUGAGAACUCGAACCGCUGCGGCAGAGUCCCCGCGCCUAGAGGAAAAGCUGGCGCCGGAGUUCUUGUCAGUUCUCUAUUGAAUGAGGAUGACAGACGGGAUACCGAAGACCCAGACUAGAUUCGAGAUGCCGUGGAAGUCCGAGUCCGCAGGAGAAGUUGAGCGCAGAACAUCCAAGUCAUACCCGCAUGUCCUAGUGUCCGCCAUCAUUGUCAUGGUGAUCUCUCCCGGGAUUGAGACAAUUCUCCGGCGGUCCUUCAAUCGCGCAGGAAGCUUUCGACUCGGAAAAGAUGUGCGAACGUCGCGAUCCUGAUUACAGCGAGGCUCUUCCCAGUGGGCGAUAACGACGGAGUCGCCCGAGGAUCGUCGUAGUAAGCAAGACAAGAGUCGAAGGUCUUAGCUACUGACGUAAUCUAUCGACAGCGCAUUGAAGUCAGUCAGUGACAACUCAUCCACUGCUUUGAUUACCGUCUCACAAAUGGUCUGAAUGCGGCCGACCUUCAAGAUAGAGACAUCGCUCUAUGAAUGUGCCAAUACU